AGGUAGGGUACAGUGCCCAUAUUUACUGUCCCUCACCUCCAACCACGCCUAUAUAACAUCUCUCCACCACCUCCAUCAGCGCAUCCAACCACCGCCUCGGCGUUUGUCACGAUCGCCUCUUCAAAGGUCAGCAUGUGACCCGAAAGAGGCAGUCUUCUGGAACUCUUCUCCAGGAGCUUUAGCACCGACCUAAAACCAAGUCAAACAUAAGUCAACUUUUCCCCUCCCGUCUCCAGCCGAUCCCCCGCAAGCGCAACACUACAGCGCCCACCACCCGCCCGAUUAGUCUACGGACAAGCCCCCGAAAAAGGAAGAAGCGCGCGAUUAUGGCUCCCCAGGUCAUUCGCCUGCCAGACGGGCAGACCUUUACCGUCACACCAGUCUUUGCAGGUCUCGGCUUCAAGAGCCAUGAGCUGAAUACGCAUCAUAAUGCGUUCCCUGUGGGGUGGACUGUUGUGCUGAACACGCAGAGCGAUGAUGCAUCUGAUGAUGAUACAGAGAAGCAGGAUGGCGAGAAUAGAGAGAAUGGUGUUGCGCUGGAUGGGAAGGCAAAGAGGCAGAUUCACUCUUUCGCUAAGCCGACGCUGCAGGGCGAUAACCUCUUCAUCUCGUCUAUCGCGAACCCUUCGAGCUCCGAGUUCAAACCCGCUGCGAGUCCUACACGACAGAUUGCCAUGAUGCUGUGGAUUACACUAUACUGGUACUUUCACCAGCCCGAGCCUGCGCCGCAAGUUCCUGCUCAGGCGGCGGAGAAGACCCCUCAAGCUGCGAAGCCUCGUGGUGAAUGGCGGAUCAACAUCAAGCGCGAUGGAGUUCUCCGAGGUCGGAAUUUGAUCCCCAAGCUUGAGCGCAUGGGACUUAUAACGUCGGGGAGCAGUGCUGUUGGAACGAGCUUGGAUGAUAACGGGGAGGAUUGGUCUGAUAUGUUUGUCUCGAGACGCAUGUUUUGGCAACUCCCCGGUCGGCUUUUUCUCUUCUCUUUGCAGCCUAACAAAGCCGGUGCGAAUUACGAUUCUGUUCCUGGAUCACCUAUUGGGAGUCGCCCGAAUUCACCUUUACCUAUGGAGCCACCAUCGUCAUUCCACAAGACUUUCCAGCACCAUUCGCCGCAUUCAUCUAUUAAUCGAGUAGAUUAUGAUCUUCCUGGUGGACCAACUCCAACGUCGAUGACAAACCCGCCAAGCUUCCCUAUUGGACCUUUCUUUUCGAGCUCCCAUCUUCCGACUUACUACCCACCUGCUCCUCUUCAAUAUAUUUUUACGAAUAAUAUCCGUCACCCGAUGAGACCAAAGCCACCUAGGAUGGGCGAAGUUUUCUAUACGAGAUUUGUCCCGAGUGUUAACCAGUACCUUUCAUUCCGAGUUGCUUCCAUUUCACCUAACCCUGUACCCUACCUUGGACCCGUUGGACCCAAGCCUCCUGAGCAAUCCCAUCUUACUACGAUGAAUGAUGCGGCUUUAUUAGAGAUGUGGAUGAAGAAGCCUCGAGUGAGCGCUUUCUGGGGCGAGUAUGAUGAACAAUUCCUCACCAAAUCGUUGAACCAACCUAACUCGUUCCCUGUAAUUGGACAAUGGGACGGCGUACCAUUUGGCUACUUUGAGAUCUACUGGGUCAAAGAGGACAUCCUCGGCCAGCAUCUCGGUAGCGAUGCUGCAGAUUGGGACAGAGGUCUUCACGUGUUCAUCGGAGAAGAGUGGGCAAGAGGACGAGUUCCAAUCUGGCUGACGGGAUUGGUGCAUUGGUGCUUGACAUCGGACUACCGAACAAUGAGUAUAUGCCUUGAGCCGAGAGUGGACAAUGCGAGGUUUCUGCAGGGUCUAGAGUUUACUGGAUUUUCGCGCGAGAAGCAGAUUUCGUUCCCGCAUAAACAGUCCUGGCUUGUUAGACUGCGUCGUGAGCAGUGGGAGGGACCUGCGCUUUGAACAUAUGGAUGUGGUGAUGAGAAUACGAGAGACGAUUCAUGAUGGAGGUAUUGGGUAUUAGGACGGAUACACGAGACAUCUUUGGGAAUUGAAUACGACUGUUAUGACUGAUAUCUGAACAUUUGCUCCAGUAAUGAUUUUUGUGGUCUGUUCUUGCUCACCGACACGGAUCGAAAAUGCUUUGUGUUGAACGGAGUACACUUGGAGGACAAAGCAUGUCGCGUCUCAAUUGAACAAGACCUUGGUUCACUCACACACUCAAGAACAGCCUAGCCGAAGACCAAUGCCAUAUCUUCUAUAAGAUAAACUGGCUCUUCAUGUCGAAAGAUCUCGACGUCUGGUGGCAGUUCCAACACCAAGGACUCAAGACAACCGUUUCAAGAAAAUCACCACCCAACUAAUUCACAAUGUGUCGGCAAGGCAACACUCCCCAAUCACCCGUCACAAUGACUGACGAGAACGCAUCAUUCAUCCGCCAGUCCUUUCUCCGUGGCUAUCUAGCACCAGCGUUCAAUCCCCCAAUCCGCAGCUGUCCCCGCUGUCAUGCCUCUUUCACCGGCUCCAAGACAAUGUGUCUCCGGUGCCUGAAAGACAUAUACAUCAAGCAAGUUGCCUCCAAGCGCGAAAUAGAAAGAGAUACAUUUCUCUCUCACUGCGGAAACGCAAAAUGCAAUGAGACUACUCACCACCUCGGCCCGGGGUGGUGUGUUCCCUGUAAUGCAGAGGGGAAGAAUGUGUAUCAGGUUAUUUGCCUGGAGUGCGAGCUUGUCAUGGAUGUGCCGUAUGUCGUUAGAGAUGAUCCGGGGGGAUUUGUGGAUAUGCUCAAGGUGAGUAGUUUGUGGUGUGUCAAGUGUAGUGGUCUGGCGGAUUCGUGGGUUAGGAUGGAUGAUUAGUCGUGCUGGCCUGACAUGGGGGAAUGGAUAUAUGGGCUAAUUAGCGCUUGGGAUAAUACCGCUGAUGUGAUAUCGUGAUAUUACUGCGGCUUAGAAGUCGGGUAUCUCGGAAGUGAGCAUGUCAGAUAUUCAGAUAAAGGUAAGCACUAGAUCCGCCGACUUGAAGGACAGAGUAUAAGAGCGGGACUGCGUCCGAUAAAUAACAAAUAAUACUAUCCUAUUGUCUCCAG